UGAAUACGAAGAUUCAAAACGGGGUUAUCCGAAUGUGAGAAUAUAGCAUAUAGGCUCCGACUUCGGAUCGGAGAUCCAUUUGCACCCAUAUUUCCCUCUCUCCGCCCACAGCCUCUCUCUGAGUCUCUGCCCCUCUCUCUCUCUCAGAGUCACAGCAAAAACAACAACCAGCACAUUACUAUAGAUUUAUAGAUUCAGACGUUGAGCUGCAUCACCGGACCUACAGAGAACUAAUUUGUGAACCCUAAACCCAGGCUGCAGGAACUCGGGAGGCCGCCAUUGCCAAAGCUUCGGAGUUCAAAGUUUUUGAUGCUGUUUUAAUUUAAGAAAAUACACGUCCCUGCAAAUCUUAGUUUUCCCAGCUUUGAAUUUUCCGUUUUUAUUUUGUGAGAGUAAUGGCUUCGGGGGAGUUGAAAGGACAUUUUGAUGUUGCGGUUGCCAAAGACUUAUCUGGAAAAGAAUCAACCAGUGCAGUUAGUACUGGUGACGGUGAUGGAAUACAGAUCACAUGUUUUACAGAAGAUCUUAAUGAUGUAACCUUCCAUUUUCAGAUCAUCCGGCUUGAGAAACAGAUAUAUGCAUGGAUUGGGUGCAACUCUGCCAAAUUGGGGCAUCUAUACGCUGCUGCACCUACUCGGCCUAACAAUGCUGUGAGUGUUGCUUCCAUACUUGGAGGGGCCUCUGAUAACACCGGAUCAAGCAUUGCUCGUCGAAUAGUACUGAAGACUGGUCUCAAUGUAAUCCUGGCCUGCAAUAUUCCCAAGAACAGCCCCAUGCUUGAGGCCGAUGCAGAGAGAAAGCUAAUGGAGAAGCUAAAAGAACUGGGUUAUACGAGAUCAAGAUCUCAAGGAUCAGUUCUUAGUAAUUCAUAGAUGGUAAAAGGCAUUUCCUUGCCAGAAAAGGAAUAGUGAAUGCAUCGCUGUAACAGCAUUUUGCAGAUGGUUUGUUUGCACUGAAAUUAGGUAGGUGACAGCCCUCAGAUAGGAAACCACAGGGAAGAAAACUCGUUAUUAACUAUUAAGGGAACACAUUUAACAGGAUGCUUGUGUUUCUAAAUCCAUAGGAUUUCUACGGACCUCACCUGAGAGGUUCUGAACACUGAAGUCGAAGGACAAUCUGAAUGCAAUGCAGUGUUUUAAAUCAGACUUGAUAGUUAGUCCGGGUUAGACCAAGCUGGAUCUGCAACUUCUGUUGAACCAGAAUCUUCAAAGAACCCUUGAGAACUGAUGAUUUGACCGCCAAAUAUUAUACAAACUAAUUUGGUUUGA